AUUUAAAUCGUCCACAGUAAAAGAAUGCAUUCAUGCGAUACUGAAGGAGAAGCUGGCCAAUGUACAGUACAUCCCAGAAGAAAUGCCUCAGCUUACAAAGUCUUUAUCAGAGACAAUAAAAGACAGACUGAAAGAGGAGGGAUUUGACAGGUACAAAAUGGUGGUGCAGGUUGUCAUUGGAGAGCAGAGAGGAGAAGGAGUGAAUAUGGCUGCACGAUGUUUCUGGGAUGCUGACACUGACAGCUAUGCUCAUGAUGUGUUUAUGAAUGACAGCCUGUUUUGUGUGGUAGCUGCGUUUGGCUGCUUCUACUAUUGAAGACAGUAAACGUUGCACAGAAGGACAGAGGUGGGGGAGAAUACUUUAAAGUAUUUUUGUUAAAGUGCACAAAAGCAUCAUGUUCUUCCUUUAGUACCUAACAAAAUAACAGCUCUACAAAGCAUGUCCUACACCAGUUCUACACAUUACAACAUUCCUUCCUCCUUGUGGACAUCGAUAUAGCUUUAAGCACAAUAUUAUUAUAUCCUUUAUUUAAAUCGCCCUUUGUUUUUAUAGUGUGAUGGUUUUGUCCUAAAAAAGUGUAUUGCCAAUAGCCAUUGUUUCUAAGGCAAACUCAACUUCUGUAUUGAAAAGAUUCUGUUGCUUUUAUUUUUGUUAAUUUUCUGAAAUGAAUGAAAUAUUUAUAAGAAAUGUAAUAUAAUAAAUCUAUGUAUUUAAUA